UGCCUGGUGGAGAACAUCUUCCCUCCAGCACUGACCAUCACUUGGACCUCCAACGGUGUCCCCGUCACCGCCGGCGUCACCCACACCCACUACACCCCCACGGCCGAUCUGACCUUCGUCCGCUUCUCCUACCUGCGGGUGACGCCCGGCGCGGGCGACGUCUACGCCUGCGUCGUCACCGCCCUGGGGGACAAUGGCACCUCCAGUGUCACCUACUGGGUUCCUCCGGACCCGGUGGUGGAUGAGGUGUUGGAGACAGCUCUGUGCGGUGCUGCCAUGGCCUUGGGCAUCGUCUUGGCGCUGUUUGGCGUCGGCAUGGUCUGCUUGGCGCGUCGGGAGAGUCGGG